AUUCUACUCCUAUAAUUUAUUAUAGAUCAAGACCACCAUCAUCUGCUGCCGCCGCCGCCCGCCAUCUUGAUCGACACCCAUCAAUCGGAAUAUCGCAGUGAAAGGCUUGAAGUUCAACCGUUCCUGAGUAGUUUCCUCUUGCAAUUUUUUGGGAAGAAGACAAAGUCAAAGACGGAGCAUUAUGCGUUUGUCCCUCCACUUCCACUGCGAAACCCUUCAGCAUUACAUACGUUGGUAAAGGGAAUUUCUUGCUUUUCUCCCACAAAGGAAGACAACACGACAGUUCUUUGCUUAACUCCAACCAAGGAGAUUUUGGGUAUGAAUCUCCUAUAAUCAAACAAGUCACCUAACAAUAAGAGAAGUAUACAGGGCUACACCGUCUCUUGGACAAGGCACAGGUCUACAUCUAUCAUUCAUCUUUGAGCUUGGUCCAUGGACACUGCUUGGGCAAACGAAGCCUCUUCCUCUUCCUUGCCCUCCUCCAUCGCAACACCAUUCAAAUAUGACGUCUUCUUGAGUUUCAGCGAUAAAGAUACCCGCGAAAAUUUUACCAGCCAUCUUUUAGCUGCUUUAGAGAGACAUGGCUUUCAUACAUUCAUAGAUGACAAAGAGCUCAAUCGAGGAGAAUAUAUUGGCUAUGAACUUCUGAAAGCAAUUGAGGAGUCAAGAAUUUCGCUGGUCGUUCUCUCAAAAAAUUAUGCCGCAUCCAGGUGGUGCCUUGACGAACUUGUGAAGAUCAUGGAGUGCAGGAAGACCUUGAGACAGAUCGUUCUACCUAUCUUUUAUAACGUUGAGCCAUCCGACGUGAGGGCGCAGAAGGGGAGUCUGGCAGAUGCAUUUGCCAAGCAUGAAGAGCCUCUUAAAGAGGGUUCAGGUGGCAGGGUGGAGAAGUGGAGGAAAGCCCUCACUGAGGUUGCCAAUUUGUCCGGUUGGGAUUUGCCAAAGGUGGCCAAUGGUGAUGAAGCACAUCUAAUUCGGAAAGCUGUUGAAGAGGUCCAAAAUAAAUUAGAUAUUGUACUUCUACAUGUCGCAUGCCACGAAAUUGGACUAGGGUCUCGCCUUAAAAAACUCAAGAAGUUGUUGAAAUUGGAAACAGAUGAUGUUCGCAUUGUUGCAAUAUGUGGGAUGGGUGGAAUUGGUAAGACAACAAUAGCUAAAAAGCUAUAUAAUCUCGUCCAACAUAAGUUUGAAGGGAGCAGUUUUCUUGCAAAUAUUAGAGAAACUUCGAAGCAACCAAAUGGUCUGAUUUUUUUGCAAGAGCAACUUCUUUCGGAUAUACUCAGAAGUGGAACUCAUAACUUAAGAAAUUGUCAUCAAGGAAUUGAGGUUAUAAAACGGAGGGCUUUCUGUCAUAAGGUUCUUCUUAUUCUUGAUGAUGUGGAUGACGUCCAACAAUUGAAAGACUUAGCCAUAGAUCGAGAUUCCUUUGGUUCUGGAAGUAGAAUUAUCAUAACAACAAGAGAUGUUUCUUCACUAAAUUUGCUUAAAGUGGAUGAGAUAUAUGCAGCAGAGGAGUUGAACGAGGACGAAUCUCUUGAACUCUUCAGGGGGCAUUGCUUUAAAGAAGAGCAUCCUACAGAAGACCAUUUGGACCUUUCAGGCCAAGUUGUGCAUUAUGCUGGAGGGCUUCCAUUAGCUCUUGAAGUUUUGGGUUCCUUUUUCUGUGGCAAGAGCAUACCUCAAUGGAAAAAUGAAAUGGCGAAAUUAAGAAAAAUUCCCGAUGAUAAUAUUCAAGGAAAACUUAAGAUAAGUUUUGAUUCGCUAAGUAAGGAAGUGAAGGAGUUGUUCCUAGAUAUGGCAUGUUUUUUUGUUGGAACAGAUCGAAAUUUUACAGUAAAAAUACUGGAAAGCUGCAACUCUUUUGCAGAAAUUGGGAUUCAGGUUCUAGCUGAUCGGUGUCUCAUAAAAUAUCACCCUACGCGAAUUGUGAUGCAUGAUCUGCUGAGAGACAUGGGCAGAGAAAUUGUCCGGCAAGAAUCUGUUAAGGACCCAGGGAGGCGGAGCAGACUGUGGUAUCAUGAAGAUGCCCUUGGAGUGCUGGGAGAUGGCACGGGCACUGAAUCUGUUGGAGGUCUCUUCCUAAACUUUCAUGAGCUGAAUGAGGUCCAAGUAAAUUCGAAGGCAUUUGAAAAGAUGGACAGAUUGUGGCUGCUUCAUCUUAAUUAUGUUCAUCUCAAGGAAGGUUACGAACAUAUCUCCAAAAGACUAUUGUGGCUAUGUUGGAAUGGCUUCCCAUUGAAAUGUUUGCCGUCAAAGCUGCACAUGGAGAAUUUAGUUACUCUUGACUUGCGUUAUAGUAGCCUAAAAAAAGCAUGGAAUGGAAGUAAGAUCUUGGUCAAACUAAAAUUCCUUUACCUAAGUUAUUGCUAUCACCUUAUUGAAACCCCUGACUUCUCUGGACUCAACAAUCUUGAGGAACUGUUGCUUAACGAUUGCAUAAGGUUGGUAGAGGUUGACGAAUCUAUUAGAUUUCUCAACAAACUCCUUAUCCUAGAUAUGAAGAACUGUAAAAAACUUCGGAAGUAUCCCUCGAGCAUUUGGACGUUGAAAUCUCUUGAAAGUCUUGAUGUCUCUGGCUGCUCCAUGCUCAGAAAUUUUUCUGGAUUCAAAGGAUCACCAUCUAAACCCCAGUCCUCAUUCCUCUCGUCUUGGAUUUUCAGAACAAAGAGAAUGGAUUCUAUUGGUUUGUCACCUGCACUUGGCUUAAGUUGCUUAAAAGAUUUGAGGAUGGAAAACUGCAAUCUGUCAUGUCUACCAAAUGAAGUCGGGAAUUUGAUCUCGUUGGAGACUUUGGAUCUUAGCGCGAACAAUUUGCCUACCUUACCGGAUAGCAUCUGUGACCUUACUCGCUUAAAGAGGUUGACUUUGGAAGGCUGCAAUCUGUCGCAUCUGCCCUGCGAAAUUGGGAGGCUGAUAUUUUUGGAGGGUUUAAGUCUUGCAGGAAACAGUUUACUUACCCUACCGGAUGGUAUCUGUAACCUUGCUUGCUUGAAAUUCUUGAAUUUGAAUGACUGCAAUUUGUCCCAUCUGCCCGACGGAAUUGGAAUCUUGAGCUCGUUAGAGAUUUUGUAUCUUGAAAGGAACAAUGUUUGUAGCCUACCAAAUAGUUUCAGUGACCUUGCUAGCUUGUUGAAACUCCAAUUGAAUGAUUGUGGAAGGCUCCAAUCACUUCCACAGCUUCCAGUAAAUUUAAAGGAACUGGAUGCAAGCUACUGCACAUCACUAGAAAGCAUACCUACUGAGUUCAACUGGCGAGCUGGACUACUCAUGUCCUUUCUGGGAUGCAAUAUGUUAGCUAAGAACAAUGUUAUGGAAAGAAUCGACCAGUCAUUCUGGGAGGAUAAAAAAAACAGGGGACCGGGGGGAUAUGCUACUAUUUAUCUUCCAGGGGAUGAGAUUCCCAAUUGGUUCCAAUACCAGUAUGCAGGGUCAAAAUUAUCUGUUGUGGUGCCACCUCGGAGAAUACUGGGCUGGUCUUUAUGCAUAGUUGUCAGGACUCACGGAAAUCGUGGUCAACAUAAUCAAAUUUUGAUUAUCCGUGACAAAUUUACAGAGCUCGAUCAGUUGUUGACUUUCACAAGAUAUCAAGGGCAAGAUCAGAUGAUACUCCUUUAUUACCCAUCAGAUUACAUAGAAAGGGAUGAAUUGGAGAUUGAGAUAAUUCCAGAAGACUCAGAGGAGACUGAGCCGUGGUUGACAGUGAAGAAGUGUGGGAUUAAUUUCAUUUAUGAGGACAAUACAGAGAUGUCAAUAAAAAAAAAGAGAAAAAUUACUGAUACAAGGGAUCCAGAUAUUUCUAGUCCGAGAAAUUAGUCGAGGCCACUGGUAUGGUUCUCUCCUUUAUGACUGUAUUAUGAGGCCAUUAUUGGUAUGGUUUUCUUUUCUUAUGGAAUGUGUCCACAACAUUGAGUCACCGAAUUUUGUACUCCUACAGAUUCUUUGGACUCUCAUGCCCCUCAUUAAAUUGGCAACAACGCUACAGUCACCGCACUAAAAUGCGGUGGCCAGCCACCGCACGCCGUGUGGGGCCCACUCCGGGCUCUGCACGAAUGAUCUAAGCCGUUCAAUAAUUUAAAAAAAUGAACGAGUGGGCAUCGCGAAAAUUAGCUCGAUCCGAUAUUGUAGGUGCUUGGAUCGAUCUUCUCAUCUUUGGAAAAUCGGAAAAAAUGGAAAGAUUGGUUUUCCAAUUUUUCAAAAAAUGAAGAUUGGAUCCGAGGACCUACACAUAUGGGAUCGAGCUGAUUUUUCCCUUUGCCCACUCGGUUUUGGUUUUUAAAAUUAUUGAACGGCUUGGAUCAUCGUGCGGAGCCCGGAGUGGGCCCCAAAUUGGCGUGCAGUGGCCAGCCACCGCAUUGUGGUGCAGUGACCGUAGAUUUUCUGUUAAAUUGGCUACGCAAAGUUCUCUCUGUAUUUUCAUAUUCUUGUAUUUGAUAUGUUUUGUCACU